UGUGUGUGGAGACAAUCAGUCAAAGCGCCUACGUUCGCCCCGAUAACACUCGGAGUCCCGACCGAGGCAGAUGAACGUACCAUGUCUUUAGCCCUGCGUAUUCCUUUGCAUCGCAUGACAAGAUGCACUACGAGUGCAUAGCUCUGCGGAGAAAGAUGCCCCGGCGGUCUGGGCUCUUGUCACGACAGUCCAGCCAGAGCGCUUGGAGAUGUCAGGCUCGCUAUUGUGGGUUUGACGAGUCAGCGUCUGCCGCUGCAUGGAAGAACUCUCUGUCGGACUCUGGGGUUACGCAGCCAAGAGUCACAUCAUCGUGCUACACGAUCAUUAGAGGCACCGGCAACCAGGACUCGUAUUGGCACCAGAGCGACCGAAGAAGCAGCGGACUCUACACUUGCGCAUCAUUAGCUUUACCAGAACUUCUGCAUGUAUUGUAUCUACGUCUAAGAAUGGGUUCGUUAUUUCAAGAGCCUUUGCAGGACGGCAUGCCGUUUGAGGAAGUUGGGAAACAGGCGCUAACAGAAGAGGCUGAAGGAGCUGGAGCCGCAUCGGCUGUCGACACACCGCCGCGAGACGAGGUGUCGUCCAUAAGAGAUUAGUCGCAGAAGCCGAAAUCCUGCUCCGACGUCUUUUUCUCCUCGGGGUUAAUUCUACCGGCGAGGGUCUUCGUCGCGAGGCAUCAUCAGGAUA